AUGGAGGUCCUGGACGAGUUCGACAGUGAAUUUCCCCAGAGUGUGACCUUUUGCCAGCUCAUUUCCGAGGAGGACUUUGAGAGGCAGGCCGCCACCUACACAGAGCGCUCUCUGCGCCGCCUCUUCCGCACCCUUGACCGCAACCCAGCGCUGGCGGAGAGGGUCGUGCGCAAGGGCAAGCAGACCGAGUGCGAGCAGCGUGGGCUUCUCUCCUUCCUCUGGGCGAAGUUCAUCUGUGCUGUCCAGGGAGAACUGAACCAGUGCAACAGCAUGGGCGCCCUAGAGAUGCACCAGCGCCUGGAGCAGCUGAAAAGGAGCAUCCAUCGUGUGCAUCUGUACUCCCAGGAUGCCAAGAAGAGGAAAAGGAAGCCAAAACUGAAGAAACCAGAACCCAUCCUCUUACGGGACCAGUCAACCUCCCCAUGCCUGCCACCAACCCCGCUGCCACCACCUGCUACCACCAUGGCCUCUGUACUGGCCCCAUCACCCCCUGUCUAUACUAUGCCCAGGGUCUUUGGCCCUUUCUCUCCGCUGCCCAGCAAGUCGAUGGAGAAAUUGGACAUUUCAAGGUCUGAAGUGAAAUUAAACUGGAAUGGCUUGUCCUCAAACCCAAAGAGCCACAUGGUUGAUCUGACCCCCUUGGUCCUCAACCCCGGAGGCUUCCAUUUCUCAUACUUGACUGGAAACAGUGCGCACAAGCUUCACUGCCCUGGCUUUCCCUGGACCUCAGCCUGUAGUGGCUCCCCCAACACUGAGGAGACUCCAUCCCCUGCUGUGAAGGCUUCCAUCUUCACCCCGCCUGUCCUACUCAAGUUCCAGCCCGUUCCCAGACCCAAAGACGACUCAGAGAACGACCCUGGCAGUGCAGAGUCGGUGCCCCACAAGAGGAGUCCGUAACUUCUUCCCUACAAACCAUGACUUGUGGAAUGAAUAAAGUUCCC